ACUCCGCCCGCGAGAGCAGCGUGCUUUCAGUGCUAUUUUGUACCACUAAGUUGGCAACUGUGUCGCUCCCAGGUGGUUGGCGUAAAAUACGAUUAUUAAUUACCGAAUCCCGGUCGACAAGACUCCUUAGGUUUUUCGUUGCAUCUUCUUCCACUUUUCGGUGAAUAGGAGAUCCUUGGUUUGAAAGAGAGACUGUAUAAAUAAGCAGACAAGAUGGCGGCAUUUGUGGCCAAGCAAAUGGUUGGAAACAAACUCAAUGCAGUUAAAGGAGCUGUCGGUGGUGACGAUGAUGGAGACGACAAGGAGAAGGAGGAAGAGGCCGAAAGGGAGCGAUUGGAGGCAAUCCGUGAAGCUGAAGAAAGGAGGAAGGAGAAGCACAGGAAAAUGGAGGAAGAGAGGGAAAAGAUGAGGCAAGAAAUCAGAGACAAGUAUAAUAUUAAGAAAAAAGAAGAGAUAGUGGACCCCGUUCAGGAGGAGCCCAAUCCACUUAUGCGUAAAAAGAAAACACCGGAAGAAUUAGCGAGAGAGGCGGAAGAAGCCGAUGAAGACGAAUUCACAAAGUUGAAGAAUACAAUAGAGACCCAAGUGAACGAAUUGAAGUCUCAAAUAGAGAGUAAAUGCGUAAUGCAAUGAAUUACGAACAACUGCAAGGCAUUACCAUCGGCCGUUACUACACUGAGAUCAACCCCAAAAAUCACUAGAGUAAUUUAGGUGCCACAAAAAAUUCAGAAAUUUAUACCUGUGAUCUGAACUUAGUAUAUUUAGAAUUUGAUCUCGAAAAUCGCCCAGAAUUUCAUAUUUCCCCCAUUCAAUUUGGCGUUGCAGAAUUGUCAACGACAAUAUAUAAGGAAUAUUUUCUGACAAAAACAGGAAAAUAUGACUGUUCAUCCUCUGUCUAGAAGAAAACGAAUAAGCAAUAAAUUUUCGUAUAGUUUUGUAUGAAAAUCUAGAAACUAGGUUGAAUACGGACAUUUGAAACGAUUUUUAUAAAUUUUCAAAGCUGAAGCCAUUCUUCGACGCCAAACCUCACUUAAAUUCUUAUUUGUAAAAUAAAAUUUCACCCCACGUGUUUAACACGAAGAACCCAAAAAGGUAGAAAGCAGCGCAAAGUCUGGGUGAAGUGAAGAAGUAUCGGCAUUGGGUAUUUUUACUCAUUGCUGACGGUUGAAUUCUUAACCAGUCGAAGAUUUUUUUUUUGUAAAUAGGUAAUAUAAAACCUUUCGAUGUAAAAUAUUAGUGAUAGCGUGAAUCUGGAUAUUGUUGAUAAUUCAGAAUAAUCCUUGUGAAAGUCGAUGUUGAUAAAUCUGAAAGACACAUCAGGCUUCGACUGGUUGAGAAUUUUUCAUUUGGGCAAUUUCUCUGUAAACGAUGGCCGAUAAACAGAUGCCUGAAAUUAAGAGACUGCGAUAACAUAAACAAACAACAAAAAUAUUAUGAUGACAGGACGUAAGUGAAAAAUAAUACGCUUUAUCAUGAUACUUUUGUAUUAGCAUUAAAAUUGUUACCAGGUUUUGUAGAUAUAUAGUUAACCUAUUUUUUUGUAACAAAAGUAUUGUGUGCAUACAUUGAGUUCGUUACAUAUUCGAGGAAGGUAAACAAAUUGUAAGGAUGUUCUACGAUUUCUUUUUUAUAUUUUUCAACAGUGACGUAGCUAAUUUGGCCUCCAGUUCCUUUAGACCAUUCUGUAUCUUCACUCUCGAAUAUACCACCUAUUCUGUAGGAUCUUGAAUGACUAGAAAACCACUCACCCUACCUACACCCACUUUAGACUUAGUCUGAUACGCCACUGUU